AUGUUUGGUCCUCAAAUAAGAAGAGUCGAUUUAGAGAAUCAGAGCGAACUCAGAAUCAAAGUGCAACGUACUUCGCCUCUCAGACUCCGUUUGCUCGAUGGAAAAGCUGAGAUUUUCGGCUAUGAACUUCCACAUGAAGCUUGGAUCACAUUUCCACCUCUCAUGACAUUUGCGGUUUUUACAUGGUAUGGUGCAACUAUUGAAAUCGAUGGUACCAUCGAAAAUGAAUAUAUAUCAUGUGAGACACCUAUGGCGAACUAUCUUGAAGUGCACAACUCUCUACUAGUACAAAGACAUCGUGUUACUUGCUCAACAAGAGAUUCUGUAUCUUCACAGGGACCAAGGAUUGUCAUUGUAGGGGAUACAGACUCUGGGAAGAGUACAUUGGCUAAAAUGCUUCUGAAUUGGGCAGCAAAAGAUGGUUGGAAACCAACGUUUGUUGAUCUUAACAUUGGACAAAGCUCGAUAACCAUACCGGGAACUGUUUCUGCUACUCCUAUCAAGAUGCCUGUGGAUCCUGUUGAAGGGUUUCCUCUUGAUAAGGCUCUUGUGCACUACUUUGGUCACGCAAAUCCAAAUGUAAACCUUAGACUGUACAGAACCCUUGUGGAAGAGCUUGCCAGAGAAUUAAAAGAAGAGUUUUCUGGUAACUCUGAAUCUCGAGCUUCGGGGAUGGUGUUUGACACGAUGGGAUUUAUCGUUCGUGAAGGCUAUACGCUGCUUCUCCAUGCAAUAAGGACGUUUAAUGCAUCUUUAGUUAUUGUCCUUGGUCAAGAGGAAAAACUCGUCAAUGAUCUGAAGAAAGAUCUCAAAUUCAAGAAGAAUCUACAAUUCUUGAAUCUUGAGAAGUCAGCUGGAGUCUUCUCUAGGAGCUCGGACUUCCGCAAAACAUUGAGGAACAGUAAUAUUCAGAAUUAUUUCUAUGGAGUCACGAACGAUCUCAACGUCUACACCAAAACAGUAAAGUUCACUGAUGUGCAAGUAUAUCAAAUCGGUGAUUUUCGAGAGAGUAGUUCAACUUCUGCUCAUCAAAGAGGAAACAACCCUUUGAAGAUCAUACCUGUGACAAUUGACGAACAUCUUGUGAACAAAGUUCUUGCUAUCUCAUACACCAAACAACCUCAUCAGAUCAUCUCAAGCAUUGUUGCUGGAUUUGUGUGUAUCAAAAAUGUUGAUAUUGUUGAAGAGAGAAUUACAUAUAUCUCUCCAUCAGCUGCGGAAUUGCCUAGCAAGACACUGAUCAUGGGGACUUUGACUUGGCAUGUAACUUGAGAAGCAAGAAACUAAAGAGAAGAAAGUGAGGGUUUUUUUUUUUUUUUUUUUAAUAAUGUUUUAUCUGUUAUCAACUUCUUUGAAGAUGCUCUAGUUUAUUCUCCUAUAUACGGAGUU